GUGUUGACAAGAGAUUUGAAAAAAUCAAAUGUAAAGGAUGUAGUGUUGGGUAAACUCAUUAUCAAACUAUCGACAAAUGUAAUUUCAUCAUCCAAUCUUUCUGUAAUAGAUAAUUUGAAUUCUAUGUCAAAUCAUACCCGUUCGAGUUCUACUGCACCAUCAUCCAACACAAAUUCAGAUCAGGAGGAUGAAAAUUCGCGGCCUUUGAAUCCGUCUAAUUCAACUUCUCCAGCAGCCAACUGGAGUGCUCCAAGCAAAGCUUCUGAAAGUAAUCCAACGCGAGCAUUUAGUUCCAUUGAAGACAACUCACCAUUGCCUCCUGGCUGGGAACGUCGUUUAGUUCAUCUUAAGCGUACAUAUUACGUUGACCAUAAUACACGAACUACCACAUGGAAAAGACCAUCGAUGGAUGCAACUGCAACUCAACUGCUGCAGGAACAUCAAAACAUAACGGAAUUGGAACGUCGUAAAUAUAAUAAUCGCACACUUCCCGAAGAACAUCCAACAUGUUCCUCAUCUACGCCGGGCAAUGCAUCAUCAACAUCCAUUUCUUGUUCUGAUGCUGAAGUAUCUACAAGUAUUACCAAUAUGCUAUCCCCUAAUGUUAAAUACCUUUUUUCAGCUAAAACCGAUGAAGCAACUGAUGAGGACAUUAUUGUUGUAAUAGAUGACGUUAAAAUUUUAGUGAAAUCAAUAAGAAAGGUAUUCAAUUUAUGUAAAGUGCGUGAGAUACUUCAAACAAAUAGUAUUCUAAACAUGACAGAUUCAAUGUAUUUUACAAAAAAAGAUACAUUAAUUAUUCCUGAUAAUGAAGAUAAAUAUAGUUUAUGUGACAUUUUAGAUGAAGAUAAAACCUUUUUUGUUAAGAACCUUGAAGAGGAUAUAAUUGUUGAGAUUGAUAAUGUUAAAGUUUUAAUGAAAUUAAAAAAGAGAUCAAGAUUGGUUAAAGUACGAAAGGAACUUGGACAUAUAAUUAAUAAUGACUUUUAUUUUACGAAGAAUGGUGCACUAGUUGACUGUAAAAAUGAAGAUAAAUAUAUAUUGAAUGAUAUUAUAGAUGAAAAUAAAAUCUUUCUUGUUAAGGAUCUUGAAGAGGAAAUCGUUGCUGAAAUUGAUAACGUUAAAAUCUUAGUGAAAUUAAGUAAAAUAUCAAGAUUGGAUGAAGUGCGAAAAGAGCUUAUGAAAAAUGAUAUGAUAAAAAUUACUAAUGUCAUUUAUUUUACGAAACAUGAUGC